AUGCAGGACCAUUCGUUACUUCUUCUCGCAGUAUGGCUUUUAGGCCAUCAUGGUAUCCUAACAAGCGGGUGCUUCGAGAUCGAAAGGGAAGCGCUCCUUACGUUCAAAGCUAGUAUUAUCGAUACGAGCAAUCGCUUGUCUUCAUGGGCCGGUCGAGAUUGUUGCAGUUGGUGGGGAGUGGUAUGCGACAACAACACCGGUCAUGUUCUGAAGCUCAACCUUCAAAACAAUUAUAUGUAUGCCAAUUGGUCAGAUGAUUCCUUACGUGGUGAGAUCAAUCCAUCUUUACUUGUUUUAAGUCAUUUAAGUCGCCUCGAUCUUAGUGGGAAUGAUUUUGGUGGAAUCUCUAUUCCGAAAUUUAUCGGUUCAUUAAAAAGCUUGACGCAUCUUGAUCUCUCCGAUUCUAAUUUCAGUGGUAAAAUACCUGAACAACUUGGCAACCUAUCUAAUCUUCGCUAUCUUGACCUCUCCGGAUCAAGCUUCACUUGUAAAACACCUCUUCAGCUCAGUAAUCUCUCUCGACUGCAUACUCUUGGUUUGAUUUACGCUUUUGCUUCCUACAACCCUUGUGUCGAUAACCUUUCAUGGCUCUCUCAGUUGUCUUCUAUUAGGGUUCUCGGUUUAAGCAUGCGUGGCUUCGAUCGCAAAUGCAACUUGAUGAUCUACAUCUGUCCAACACUAGCAUUGCAGAUAGUAUUCCUGAAUGUUUUGGAUUUGUCGAACAACAAUCUUGCCGGCGAAAUUCCUCCUUCAAUUGGUUCGCUGAGCUCGCUCACAUUAUUGCACCUCAACAGUAACAACUUCUAUGGAGAACUUCCUUCGGAAUUGCAACAUUGCAAUAAUUUACUUUUCCUUGACCUUAGCAACAAUAAACUCACAGGAGAAAUCCCAAGAUGGAUAGGUGAAAACUUGCAGGAUCUAGUAAUAUUGCAGUUGAGGUCAAAUAUAUUUGUGGGAGAAAUUCCUUCGGAGCUUGCACAACUUGUUUACCUCCAAUUCUUGGAUUUUGCGCAUAAUAAUUUGACAGGAUCAAUACCACGUUCUUUUGGUAAUUUCAGCGCUAUGAUCUAUCAUACAAUUCACAAUUAUGAUGGAAAAAGAUUUUCUGUUGACGAGAGGACCUUUACAGCUUUUGACUACAAGAAUAACUUGCUUGUGGUAAUACAAGGAGAAGAGUAUCAAUAUUCUACCACCAUCUAUCUUCUCAAGAUUAUGGACCUCUCGGAAAACAAUCUAAGCGGUCAAAUCCCUGAAGAGAUAGUUGCACUUGCGUUAUUACGUAGUUUGAAUUUAUCAAGAAAUCAUCUAACUGGAAUGAUUCCGGAAAGGUUAGGUGACAUGCACUUACUGGAAUCACUGGACCUCUCACUAAAUGAGCUUCAAGGUGCUAUUCCACAAAGUUUGUCGGCUUUGACGUUUUUGAGCCACUUGAAUUUGUCUUAUAACAAUUUGUCUGGAAGAAUUCCAACAGGAAAUCAAUUGAGCACACUCGAUAACUCCUCAAUUUAUAUUGGCAAUGCUUAUCUUUGUGGACCUCCGACGGAAAAGAAUUGUACUGAAAAUGAAACAAUGCCUAAUGUCGUUGGAGACGACUAUGAUGGAUCUGAGUCAGCAUGGCUAUACCUAGGCAUGGGAUUAGGGUUCGUCACUGGAUUCUGGAGUGUUUGCGUGACGAGCUUGGUGAACGCCCAACUUGGAGAUAGAGGGCAUGAUGUGACUUCGAUCUGGGAUAGAUGGAUGACGAAGAAGGGAACACAGAAGCCAUGUGCUAUUAUUUCCGGGUUGGUAGCUUGCUGGUGGAUUAUCUAG